AUGCUGCCCACAUCGCCCUCACAGAAGCGUCAGAACUACCGCCCCGAGUGCGAAGCCGCAAUCAACCACCACGCCACCCUGGAGUUUCACGCCUCCUUCCAGUGCCUGGCCGUGGCCUUAUACCUCGACCAUUAUGAUGUGGGCUUGAAGCAUUUCUCCCAUUUCUUCCUGCUCCGCUCCCACGAGCACAGCAAGACAGCAGAGAGCCUGAUGUUCCUGCAGAUCCAGCGUGGGGGCCGCAUCUGCUUCCUCAACAUCGGAAAGCCUGAGACCCAACAGUAG